AUGCCAGCAAGUGAUAGCAAAAUUAAGAAUAUCAAGAUUGAUAAAAUGAUUAAAGAUGUUGGAAUAAAUUUUAUCAAAUCUAAAAACUUUAGCAGUGUGGUAUCUGGAGUAAAAGUAGAAGAUAUGUUUUUCCAGAUUCAAAUAGAUUUGAUAGAACAAUCUGUUAAAAAAUUUAGAGGCUGA